AUGCGAUACACAGGCUCCAACCGUUCAAUGGCCUUGAGUGGAUCGGAGUUCCCCAAGGAUGGACAGCAACUCAAGGGGAUUGUUUCGAGCGGCAGAGAGAGGAUGGGGGUGAAGCGGAUCCACUCAGUGAAUUUUGUUCGCUGGGCCAAACCCGGGCUAAACGCAGCAGACUCGAGGGGUUUUGUAAAAGUUGUACACAGUAGCGUUUCGAAAUGGCGGGUAGAAGAGCAUGCACCACACUGCUGGAUCCUAUCAAUGGGCCUGGGUCGAGUGGAUGGUUCUGUUUCGUAUUUGCAUCACGAUCACGGUGGGAUGGGGCUAGGUGACGCAAGGACCGGAGUUCCAUCCAUCCCCCUUGGACGAGUCUAUCCCCGGCCAGGAAUCCUAGCACCUAGCCAGCGGAGUUUCUCGAUCUUCAAUCCUAUUCGAAUCAGAACAGCGUGCAUGAACCAGCAUCAGCCUUGGUAUACCAGUCCUCACCCGCUGCGGCUAGUCGUUGGCGGCCAUGCGCUGCCCUACAGACUAGAUGAACCCGCCCUCACCACCUCCCAGCCGAAUAUCCACUCCUCGUCCGAUCGUUUAGCUUCCAGAAACCCUCCCGCGAUGAUGUCCCAUACUAGAGACCCAUCUGCUGCACGCGGGAGAGCUACCGACUCUUCUCCCGGUUCCCUUCAAUCCCUACAACCGCAACCACAACCCCGGCUACGUACGCAGUCACACUCCAAAAGCCCCGAGUCCGUCGGUACACGAUCAGCUACAAGUCUAGAUGGCGAAGGCCUCGAGAGACGACCUUCCAAUUCGGCAUACGGACACCAUCGCCAGGCUUCAAUAGUCCACGGAAGCAUCCAGCACUCGAGGAAUGCAAGUUUCGCAGCUUCUUCCGCCAAUCCCGGCCCUCUAAGCCCGGAAGGAAUUGCUACUGCCGCAUAUGGGGUUUCCCACGCCCUUGAUUCCCCUUUGAAUGGAAAACGAGAUCCUCAGGAAUACUCUUCGGGAUAUACUGGGGCCGGAACCCCUGUCACUGGCCACAUGCAGCCGGCGACCCUCACAACUAUCCAGGAUAAUCACCAGGCUGAAAUCGCCAGUGAGCCAACUUCUCAGCGUAAGGCAACUACAAGUGGGAAAUCACGACGAGACCAUUCUCAUCAUCCAUCACAUUCUUCCAAGCAUUCACAAGAGGCGAGGACUGUUGGAGAAUAUGCCCUUCACCAUCUGUUCAACUCGUUCGUUGGUCAAGCGGAUGAGAAAAUAAACCAAUGCAUUUUAAGUAUCGGUGAAUUUGACACGCCCGUGGAGCAUAUUUGCGGCCCGGGUGCGGAUCCGAUUUUUGACCAACUCAUUUCAGCCCUGGGCCACAUUGCAAAACAAAAACCGAAACCCUUGAUAGAUACAAUUAUGGUUUGGAGAAAGGCCAAGGGAGAAGCUGCGACUGCGGCUAAACAAGCUGCGAGCCAUGCAAAACAAGCUCCCCCGUUUGUGGCUGCUCUUUCACGCCGCAAUACUGAACCUACGCAACCAGGGCCUGAAAAUCCAGAUUCCAGCACGAUGCCGAACAACUCACUCCUCUCUCCAGUAUCGCGCCAAGAAGACGUAGUCCUCGCUGAACGGCGUGCUACAGUUUCCGUAUACCUCGUCUGCCGCGUGUUGAUCGAAAUUUUCAACCAGAGCACGCUGCAGGCCAUCACUGCUGAAAUGGCAGAGAGAUUCCUUGCGGAGCUGAGCCAAUUUCAGAAGGAUGAUUUCAGAUUAGCAACGACGAAGGAUGCGGAGACGAAAGCAGAGCUACUUGUAUUUGGGAUGAGGCAUCUACAAAUUAGGACAUCCCCAGAGGAUGCUUGGAAGCCGUUGACGCAACUGGUUCGGAUGGUCGGCUAUAAACAUCCUGAUAUGUGUUUCAGAGGUGUAAUCUUUCCGCUGGUUAACUCGGACCUCAUCAUGUCCGGCAAAGAAUUGAAAAUCGAACAAAUGGAGCCAGAAAAGAUGGUUAUCGGGAUCCGCUCUUUUCUAGCAAUAAUGGCCGAUUUGGACCAUGGGGGCCAAGAGCCACCGCCAUUUCCGCAAGACUUUGCCGUUAUGGAUCAACCUUUUGCCACAUCUUUUCCCUUUGCCGACCCGCGAGUACCACUGGACCAUCUAAACCCGAACAAAAAUGUCCUGCAUGAGACUGUUUUUCGUCCUGUAAAUACUGCGAAGCUGAGUGAGAAUUCCAGGAAAUUUUACUACCGCUUCUGUGAAAUAUUAGGCAAGAUCACCAUCUUAUGCGAUAACACUUUUGGUGGCCAGGCAGCUUUGGAUGAGAAGUUUGGUGGAGUCACUCCCAAAACCCCAAUCACGGAAGCCUUCAGCUUUGGAAGAAGGGAUGAUCAUUCAAACGGCCCUGAUCAAAAACAAGCCUUUUAUGAUUUAUUACAUGUUGCCGUCCAAGCUCUCCCACGAUGUCUUUGCGAUCACAUACCUUUCAAUUCUUUGAUAAAUUUACUGUGCACAGGAACUGCUCAUGUACAGUCUAAUAUUGCCACUUCUUCCGCCGAAUCUCUCAAAUCCAUUGCUCGCCUGUCCCAUGCCCAACAUGUUGCAAUUGGGUUCGCUCGAUUUAUAUUCAAUUUCGAUGCAAGAUACUCGACCAUGUCUGACGAGGGGAUGCUGGGUCCGGGCCACAUCGAGUCCACCUUGAAAUUAUAUGUUGAGUUAAUACAGAUUUGGAUUGGGGAAAUUAGACAAAAGAGCAGAGAUGCAAUUUCGGAGCCGUCAGAGAAUGGUGGAAGUGGAAGCAGGGGGCUUCAGCUGGAUUUGUCAGCGGUCAUGGCCCAUGUAGAGGAGAUCGAAUCCCACGGGCUGUUCUUUUUGUGUUCGCAGUCGAGACGAGUUCGUGCGUUUGCGAUCACUGUUCUGCGGCUUGUUACUGAGUUCGACAGCGCCCUGGGCAAGACUGGGAAGGAUGUGCCGCGUAUAAUUCAGAUUUUGGAAGACGCCUCGUAUAACGUUCUAGAUCUGAAGGAUGAGCUGCUCACUGUUGCAGAGAGAAGCCGCCUUCAAAAAGGGAAACAGCAAAAUGGGCCACAAAACACCCUCAUAGAGAUCUGCAGCAGCGAGGUUUCCUAUGACUCUACCUUGUGGUCCAAGGUAUUUCCGAAUCUCAUCCGGAUCAGCUUUAGAACUUGCCCAUUUGCUGUAACCUUGGGGCGAGAAAUUGUCUGUGCUAGAUUAGUUCAAAUGCACAACAGCAUCGCUGCUCUCGCUGAAAAUUUUCAACCGGGACAGUAUGGCUCUCUUGAUAUUGCCCAUGGUCGACCGGUUCCCCGUAGCAGCAAUUCGCCUGACAUCUUGGUUGAGCAGUGGAAACUGUACUUGAUAAUGGCCUGCACUACCAUCAACACAGCCGGAGCACAGUCUCAAAGUCAACUUGCCAAUGCUCAGCAUGCACGUAAAACCUCGAAGGCGGGCCAGCAUCCCCAGGAUAAAAUCGGUUCUGCUAGAGCAUUGUUUGCCACUGUUAUUCCUCUUCUCUCCGCUGGCCCUGACUCGAUUCGCAAUGCCAUUGUCGUCGCCCUUGGUUCUAUCAACAAGAAUCUAUAUCGAACACUGCUAGAAUCGUUGCAGUAUGCGGUUACUACAUGCAAUGAAGAGGCCCGAGUCCGAAUUGGAACGCACAAUAGGACCCCCAGUAGCCCCCGGCGAAACAGGAGAACUGACAGGCUGCGAACUGAAGUCACCAACGUCUACAAGGUAACAUCGCACUUUUUGAAGGAGCCGGAGGUGUACAAUGACGACUGGAUCCUGAAUAACCUCGUAACGUACACGAAAGAUUUGCGGAUAUUUCUCAGCGACGUUGAGGUGCAAAAUGACCUUGAGUUCCAAAGGCUCAGAUUUCAUUAUUGCGGUCUAUUGGAAGAGCUAUUCGAGGGAAUCAAUAAAUCCAAAGACCCCUCCCGCUGGAUGCCGUUCGAGUCUAGGAAAUCUGCAUUUUCACUCAUGGAAGAUUGGUGUGGUUAUUCUCCGAAUCAGUCCCAACUUGCUGCCCGGGAAGAAAAUAUGAGGAAGCUUGUGAUUGCGCGGCAACGAGAAGCGUGGGAGGCUAGAAGUACUGCAGCAUUGGAAAUCGAGAAGCGGAAUCUGCGGACGGCUGCGUUGAGUGCUAUGGCUUCUCUGUGCGGUGGGCCUAUCAAAAUAACUACGGAGAGCAAAGCUACCCUCCAAUUCGAUAUGCGUCGUAUGCUUUCCUGGAUUGAUAUUAUUCUUAAUACCGUGAGCGACAAACUGCACGCAAUUGGCCGACGAGCUCUGAAGAACUUGAUCGUCCAUAAUAAAGACCUUCCGUACCUAUUAGAACAGUCGAUCGAAAUGUGCUAUAUCUCUGAAAGCCCGAAGGCGUUAGAGAGCUACUUCGAUGUCGUUGCACAGGUUCUGAUGGAGCACACUGAUUAUCCAUUCUCGUUCUGGAGAAUCCUCGGGGCUGUUCUUUUCGCCCUGGGAAACGCGAAGCGAGAGAUCCGAAUGAAAUCUGCACGCUUGUUACGAACCCUGGAGGAGCGGCAGCAGAAAAGCUCUAGGAUUCAGGACUUCGACAUUAGCAUAUCCGAUAAGACAACCGCUGUCUACAAGCUAGCACAAUUUGAAACUUCCAAACGGUUGGCGCAACAACACGCUGACCUAGCAUUCACCAUAUUUUCCGAGUUUUCACUGCACUUCAAGAAAAUCCAACCUGACACUCAACGGAACAUGGUAGCAGCUAUCCUUCCGUGGAUUCAGGCAAUAGAGCUCCAAGUGGACCCGAAUGGCGGACCAACGGCAAAGUCAUAUAUGCUCCUUGCCAAUCUCUUUGAGAUCACAAUUCAAUCUGGGAAUGUUCUUCCUAACGAAGUCCAAGCCCUCUGGCAAGCACUUGCAACCGGGCCUCACGCGGGCAAUGUGCAGCUGGUUCUCGACUUCAUCAUCCAGCUCUGUCUGGAGCGGAAGGAACAAAAUUUCGUAGAUUAUGCGAAGCAGAUCAUAGUAUUCCUGUCUACGACUUUGGCGGGUUCUAAAGUCAUUGAGUUUUUCCUGAUGCAAGUCAUACCUAAGAAUAUGGUUCAAGAACGAAGAGAUCCACUCCCGCCACCAUCCGAUUUGAAAAGCUUGCCCUAUGUUGCCGACCUUGGGACUGUUUUGCCUGUUGGUAACAAGCAGAUCUUGCAGGCUGGAUUUUCACUUGGUCAAGUUUCUCUCAUUUUCCUGGUCGACUUGAUGGUUUCGCCUGUUACACUUGGACUGGACAAUGUUAUCAAACUUCUCCAUACUGCUCUUAUUUUUUGGGACCAUUACACUCUCACCGUUCAAGAGCAGGCCCGAGAGAUGCUUGUCCAUUUAAUCCACGAACUUGUCGCCUCGAAAAUUGGUGAUUCCCCUGAUGGCAUGCGGACGUCUAUUGAGGAUUUUGUUGAAUGUAUCCGACGGGGGGACACCGCUGUCGUUUGGGACUACGAAGACAAUAAUGGCGGCGAGGAUGACCAAGAUCCUAGCAGAGUUCCUGCGUCUAUGCAUCGGGUGACCCAAGAUGUAGCGAAUUUCUUCUCUACUGCCUACGAAUCAGUGAACGAUAUAUGGGCGAAGGAGGCGUUGAACUGGGCUACAUCCUGUCCUGUUCGACAUCUUGCAUGUCGAUCCUUUCAAGUGUUCAGAUGCAUCUCAACAUCCCUUGACUCGAGAAUGCUAGCGGAUAUGCUCGCGCGAUUGUCUAAUACCAUUGCUGACGAGGAAACCGAUUAUCAAACCUUCUCGAUGGAAAUCUUGACCACGUUGAAAAUUAUCAUCAAUUCUCUUGCGCCGCAGGAUUUGCUCCGCUACCCCCAACUCUUCUGGACAACGUGUGCGUGCCUCAACACGAUUCACGAGCGCGAGUUCAUGGAGAGUGUUGGCAUGCUGGAAAAGUAUCUGGAUAAGGUGGACAUGCGUGAUCCGGCCGUUUUAACGAAACUCCGGGAGAGCAAGCCACCCAAGUGGGAAGGUGACUUUGAGGGAAUCCAGGUUCUGAUAUACAAGGGCUUGAAAUCCGGCGAAUCGCUAGACAAGACUCUGUCCGUUUUGCAUCGGCUCACUGCCCUCCCUAAUGACGAACUGGUGGGUGACAACAACCGACUACUCUUUGCAAUAUUGGCAAAUCUCCCGGUCCUCCUUCACCAGUUUCAUCUUCCAGAACGGCCGAAAGAAGUUGUAGAGCGCGCGAGGCUGCUUGCUUCAAUUUCUGAGAACAACGGCUAUACUCGCUUUUCUGAUUGCUUAUUCGGCUUCUCAAGCGGCCAUUAUAAGCUUAGUCAAGAUUUUUUAGUGGACUCCGUCGAAGCUAUUCGGUCCUACUACUUCCCUGAGCAGGAGGCGCAAACGCUUAUUUUUCUCAUUGGGUUACUUACGAACACGACGGCAUGGUUUCGAAUUAUGACUAUGAAGAUACUGUGUGCUAUUAUUUCUGAAAUCGACAUGCGUCGCCCUGAAGUCGCAUGUUAUGGACCGGAUCUCAUAUCCCCGUUACUUCGACUACUUCACACUGAUUUGUGUCCCCAGGCCCUGGAAGUGAUGGACCACAUAAUGACCGUUUCCGGAAACCCAAUGGAACGCCAUCACCUGAGAAUGAGUAUGGCUUCCGCAUGCUCAUCUCGAGCCAUCCGCAAGGAGUUUGAACGUAUCCAAAGCCUGUAUGGAAUACCUGAACGAACUGGCUGGUCUAUCCCGGUACCCGCUGCCCAGUCUGCCCUGACGAGGAACAAUGUUCACGCUGUUUUCUACACUUGUGCAGAAGCUGAUGGAUCAGAGCAAACUCCUGCAUCCCCUGAAAUGGAGUUCCACGUGGAGGAAUACAACAAUUUGUAUUCCCCUGGUCUACGAGCUGACACGAUGAAAUCUUUCGACACACAGAACGACGGAAACAUGGGCGACCUGCUGCAGAAACUAGACAGCCUUGAUGACUUCUUCGACGAAACUGAGGCGAUUCCGCGCCCCCUGAAUUCGAUUUCAGGCACUACACUGCACAGUUUUGUAAGCGAUUUCCACGACGCCAGCGCCAAUCUCUAUGAUCAGCAAACCGCCCCCCUCCUACGAAAGUCCCUAGCUCGAACAGCUUCAUCUUCGUCCUUCCAGAACGGCCUUGCUGAAUCUAGACCAACAACCAGCCGCACUGAGGCAAGUGGGAUGCACUCGUCUCCUUUAGGUGGGAGCUCCGGCCUGCCGCCUUCCCGGACUUCAAUGCACACACGAUCUGUAACAUCUCCCGCAAACGCCUAUCCGUCCAGCAGCCAGUCAUCGAUGCCAAUGUUCGGAAGUUCAUCAGCAAUCCCAUUCCUAUCCGACGACGAACUGGAGGAAGCUCUCUCAGACUCCGACGAUCGUUUAGUCCUCGGCCAACCAGCGUCCAACUCAACCACAUCCCCGCGCCAUGGCAAUGAAGGCCCAUUUUCCCUCGAGUCCGUUAUCCGCAGCAGCGUGCGUCGCUUGACUGGCGGCACAUCCUCUUCCAGAGAGAAAGAACGCCAGAGGGACUUGUUGAGAGCUCAGCAACGUGCGUUUGUCCAUACAACCAGCUCGCCACGCGUUCCGAGGGUCCCACAAGAAUAUCUUACAGGUCCAUCGGGUGGUCUUCAGGGUGCCGCGGCAAGCGGUUCCAGCACUACCGGUGCCGCUUCGAGUGGCCCCACUUCUCCAGGGCAUUGAAGCAGCAUCAUGAAAUCACAUUACCUUAACUAUAUAUAAUCUAUUGCGUAUCUAUGUUUCUUCUCUACUCCCUCUUUGUCCGGCAAGAUACCCUGAUCUCUUAAAUAUUUCUGUUCUUUAACUCUCUGCCCUUAUGCUUUUAAUCUACCGUUGUUCUACAUACCACAUCCACAUUUAAAUAUACACAUCUUGAAAAUUCUUCCUUGGACCAUGAUGAAGUCGCGUUCCAUAUUUUGGACUCCUUUGUUUUUCUAACUUUGGACUCAUAUUAUAUCCCUCAUCCGCAUGCACAAUCUACAACUAGUGGCGUGCCCCUCUGAAACUGCUCAAAACCGUUUUCAUUUUUCUAUCUUAUCGUUAAUCGUUAAUCCAACAAGCAGGUAAUGGUUGCAUCAUUUAUGGGUUGAUUUGCGUUUUAUGUCUCAAGGUCGGUGCUUCUGGAGCUUGUGGGAUAUAUGAGUGAAUGGAAGGUAUUUCUUUUUCUCCCCCGAGCCAUCCACAUAAGAAUGGAAAUAUUCAAUAGAAAGAUUGCUUGGCUUCUU